AUGCAGAUAAGUAUACUUCAGGUAAGCCAGUUACGAAUAUAACAAUACCUUUUAAUUUUUAUAGGCACUGUUACAUGUUGCACAAUCUUAUGUCUAUAAAAACAUUUUGUUUCUAGUUUUGAAAUUGUAAUUUAAUUUUUUUUUUUUGUAUAAAUGUAACUAUACAAAUAUUAACACCUAUAUUUAUAAUAAUAUAACACCAAUACAAAAUAUAUGCGUACCAAUAAAUAUACAUAUCGAACAUAUACUGUAUACUCUCAUAAAUACAUAAUUAACAAAUUAACUAUUAACCUCAUAUUCAAAACAAAUCUAUCACCCCCUUUACUUUUUAUUUUACUACAAGUAUAAAUGAACGCCAUCGUUUCUAAUAUUUCGGAUUCACUGCAUGUAUUUCUAAAUAUAAGUCAUAACUAUAUAAUAAGUUACCUACAUUUAAAUUUAAAUUAUAUUACUUCGAUAAAGUAAAUUUAUUCAACUGAAUACGUACCUGAAUAAGGAGUCAAUUAGCUUUUUUUGCCGUUUCUGUCCAUCUAUAUCAUUAUAUAGCAAUAUAGCAAACAUGUGUUUUCGGAGUUUUAACAUUUCUUACCUACCUACUCAGACUCCAAUAAUCUUCAAACAAAAAUUUGAUCACCGAAUUAAAAACAGUAUUUACUAUGUUUUCAUAGCAGAAUUUUUAUAUUUUCAAUAUCAAGUUUUAUAUGUACUAAGAUAAAAUAAACGUGUUUAUUAAAAUUUCCAUAUACGAAUAUAUAUUAUAUGAAAAUUCAAUUUCAAAAAAUCCCUAUCUGUAAGCAAACCAUAAAUGUGGUCGUCUUUGAUUUGGUGAAAUAACUUUUGUUUUAUUUCUAUUUAAACUUCUAUAAACUAUUUAUACCUACUCAAAAUCUAACUACUACGCCACUUCAUCAGAUAGGUAUCAUAUAUGAUAUUGAAUCUUACUAAUAUUUAAACACUUUCAUCUUUUAUUUAACUGUAUAAAUGAUUAUAGUGAAGAUUUCUGAGGGUAUAGUGCACUGUAGUCUGUAAUACAAUUAUUCUAUUAUUUUCAAUAGCAUGAAGGUAUUAUUUUAUGAACGUUUGUUUUGCCGUAUUUUAGAUCACUGUGGUCGCUCUAGGCGCAUUGACGACACUAACAAAGGCCAACUACCAAGCCACCUCAUUUGCCUAUUACCAUCCUAUAUUCCACCACACAGAACACCACGGACACGAUUAUUACGUACGUAUAAACUGUGAUUUUUCUAAUAUACGAUACCGUAACUAUAUGUAAUACCUACGAAAAUUCUAUAGCAAUUGGUUAGCGGUGUACGUGUACCUAUUGUUUAAUCAUUAUAAUAUUUUAUUGAUAAUCGUUUUCAAAUAUGAAUUGUGAGUUGCAUAUUAUUAUGACAUGUUCUUUGGAUGUGUGAGGUACGUUAAUUUUUAUCCUGAUCUGCGUUUACCUGAAUUUGUAACGCGAUCGGACCAAUCCAACAAUAGUAAAAAGAUAAAUAAGCAUAUGAGUAGGAUAAUAUACUUUAGAGUUAGAGAGUGUAAUUAAUUUUUAAAUCCUAUUACCAUAAAAUGUUUAUGGGAGAAAAAUAUUUUGGAAGCCUAGUUUCCAUGAUGGUCGUCUUUCCAAUAGUAUAAAUUUCUUGAAAGUUUGUUAGAGUUGUUCGAUAUUUGGAACACUCAAUUGUUGGUAAAUCAAAUCUCCUCCCCCUCGAAGUAUUUCGCCACUUAAAGUACUGUUAAGAUUUAGGGGUCUAUUCAAAGUCCAGUCCUGCAAGUUCCAGCGACUUAAUCGUAAUAUGUAUGUGUAACUUGUGUUUGUAACUGGUUUUUCUAUACGGAUUUGUCUACACCGCCGCAGUCACCACCUAAGUACGAGUUCAAGUACGGCGUCCACGAUCAGCACACAAAGGACGAGAAAAACCAGUGGGAGAAACGACACGGAGACGUCGUGCAUGGCGGCUACAGCUUUGUUCAACCAGACGGCCGCGUUCGGAAGGUGACCUACACGGCCGACAAGCACAACGGGUUCAACGCGCACGUCCACUACGAACACCACGCGAAACAUCCCCAACAUUACGGUGAACAUCAUGAUUCAUGAACUUCUCCGAUAGCGGCCGAUUUUUAUGAUGCUGUUCCAAGUUCUAUUCAAAUGUAUGAUAAAAUUCGUUGAAAACCCUAUGUUAGAAUUAAUAAAAUGUUCAAUUUUAAUUAAUCAAAAAAUAUUUAACCGAAUUACGCUAAGAUUUCCGUUUACAAUGAUAUAGGUAUCGUUUGCAUACAAUUUAUAUACAUUAUACAUAAAAUAUAUAUUAAAUAACUC